UCAUAUGUCACAUCCAUGUUUUCCUGAUAACGUUAUUGUGUUGAUUUCGUCUUUCAUCAUUUAUUUCUUUGCAAUUGUUAUCUCUUGUCUUACUCUUGUAACCUGUAACAAAAUAAAAAUAAAAGACUAUUUUAAAAACGAAUAUUUAUUAAACUUGUUGGCAAAUGUUCAGAAACUGAAGAAGAUAUAAGUAACAUCUAUUGCUUCCUAAUUUUGCAAGGGUAUUGCGAUGGGUGGAAAAUCGAAAAAGGACCGAACUAAAAAUAAUGCACGUCCGUCCAGCAGUGGUCGUAGCGCGGAGCUUCUCAUCAACUCCACAAAGGAUCCGGCCAUAUUUGGCAUCACCUCUGGCAAGCUGUUGACACCCAUCUUCUCCACACUGGCCGCUGUUAACUUUGAAGAUGGUCUUAACACAGAAUAUGCUUUAUGUUUCAAAAAAUUCAAUAAGAAAGAUCCUAUAACUAAAUCUAAGGCGCUGCAGGAGCUGCUGGAGCUGACGAGGCAGAGCAGCAGCGAGGACGUGGUGGCCGCUCUGCCUGCCUGGGCCCACUUCUAUCCUAUACUAAGUGUAGACACGGAUCGGAAAGUCAGAGAGUACACACAGGUAGGUAGUUGAUAAGCGCGUGUCCGUCUGCGCAGGCUUGCCACGCCG